CCUUCCCCCUUCCCUUUCCCUCCUUUUACCCCGCCUUCUAUUCUUCCUUAUUUGUCAUCAAAACAAACAUAAAUAGUCAUGAUAUUCUCAAAAGUAUUUAAAUCAAAUCCAAUACAAAAGAUUGAACUGACAGUAGCAAAGGGCCAAAAUAAUGACGCAAUAGCUUUUGGUCCAGCAUCAGUCAUCAACGGCAGUGUUACUUUAUUUUUAAACAAACGCAUUCGGGCAGAAUCAAUAAGUGUCGUUUUCAAAUGUAAAGAACAGGAAGGAAAGAGUGACCAAACAACUUUAUUUUCAGUCGAGUCAUCCAUUUGGCAGCCAAAAAGAGAAAGCGAUAGCUAUAUUGAACCUGGGAAUCAUAUGUAUCUAUUCGCUAUACAAUUACCAUCGUCAGUAAACUACCCUCCCACUAUCACCAAAGACUAUUUAGGACAUCGAAUAGAAUACUCCUUGCAGGGUUUCCUUGAUUAUUAUGCAGACAAUAAAGUAUCAGAGAAGAAAUCAACGAGCAAAAUAGCCUUGACGUAUCUGCCGCUAGUAGCAUUCAAUAAAACAACAUAUCCACAAUACGGGCAGCGACCUAAUAAAACAGUCAGAAUGGAGAAGGAACAUGAAUAUGUAGAAGUUACUGCUAGCUUAGCUAAUCCCUCUGCUUGCCCAGGCGAUUUGUGUUCCGUCAAACUCUAUACCCAAAACCAUUCAUCCUCUAGUAUCCAUCAAGUGCGCAUCAUUCUACUUUCUACUGUUACUACACUCGAUUCAGCCAAUGUGCCCUCUUCUUUAUCAGGACCACGCUAUCAACACAAACAACGACAACUCGUAAACGAAAUCUUUUAUGUCUCUAUACCCAAGCAAUCCACCAAUAUCACAAGUGUAUGCCCCUUUCGAGUACCCUCUUAUUGCGUUCCAACCACCCAAAGUCAUUAUGGAAAGCAUCUGGAAAUCAGCUACGAGGUCUUUGUCGUCAUUCCUGCUUUUGGAAACAAAUUAGAAACGAACGACACGAUAGCCCAGUUGCUCUUCAACUCUCAGCAACAGGUGAUUCGUCUUCCUUUAUUUAUGUCUACUAUACCCUACUAUUCACAUGCUGCUUCAGCUAUCACGCAUUCUUCCUCUGUGAACAAUACCGCCACGUUACCCCAAUUGCAGAUUCCAUUCGCCAAUGAGCCUAAUAAUAUGGAUACACCUACUUUUAUCCUCCAUGAGUCACCUUUGCCUAGUCCCAAUGCUUAUUCUCUGAGUGAUGGUAGCUACUGUAAUUGGAGUCCUGGGAGUCCCGUUGCAGUAGAGGACCAUUCAGCAGAUGAUUUACCUACCACUUUAUCCGCAUGGGCACACACCUCGCCCGUAGAAGAUGCUACAGGGCAUCUGAUGGUUCCUCCCAUAGGUGGUGGCUCGUUUCCUUCACAAUCUAGUUCCACUACUGCCACUUCUCCUCGUCGAUCGCUGUCGUCUCAUUCCACUACAAGUGUAGCAUAGAAACCCCCCCCCCCCGACGCAGUUGAUUUUCAUACGUUUGAACAACAAGUUACCCAACAAUGUUGCCUUAGAGAUUUAUAAUAGUCGGAUUUGCCUGCACCACGUAUACUACGAAAUAAAUAGUUUAUUUUUUUUUUUCUCUCUGAUCUUGCACUCUGAAGUGAAUAAGUGAGAUGUG